AUGUUCGCCCGCUCGUUCUUCAUCCUCUCCGUCCUGAGCUCCACCUUCGCUCUCUACACGAACUACUACCCCCGCGGAUACGAUGCUGCCCUCGGUGCUCGCGCCGACAGCCCCGCCGACCAGGACCUGCUGAACUCGUGCCCCGGGGGGCCGGGUUCCAGCGCCGUAGAGCACGCUGAUAAGUGCACCCUGGUUAACAUCGUCAACAACCCCAACACUCGCACGUUCACCGUCCUCGGCGACCCCCAGCUCAACUGCGGCGGCGCGACGGACCCGGUCACCGUGACGCUCGGCGGCCAACAGACUAUCACCGAGACCACCACCGUCGACGCGAACAUCGGCGUCAGCCUCGAGGGCGUCACGAUCGGCGGCGGCGCCUCGUCGUCGAGCUCGACCGCUAACACCGUGUCCAAGACUAUCAGCUACACGGUUCCCCCGGGCCGCCAGGCGGUGUUCGUCGCUGGGACCGCGCAGCAGUCCCAGACCGGCAACGUCCAGGUCAACUACGCCGACCGCCAGUUCGGCCACUUCAUCUGGUUCACCGGCGCGACUGUUACUCAGCUUACCCCUAUCACGAGUGACGUCGAGUUUGACGUCCACGAGACUGCUUGCGGCACGGACCCCCGCGACAUCAACAACCAUAGCUAAACUCGUCACCUCUUGAACGGUCGACUAUCUUACCCUGUACGCAGUGAUUAAUCUCUCCGUGGACCAUCAACCUGCAUAAGUACUUGUACCCGCUCCAGACCUUCUCAC